AUGGAACAAUCGAUCAACCCGCACGCGUACUGCCGCUUACGGUUCGACGAAGCCGCCGAAGAAGCGAUCGAAAACCUCGCCAACGUCCUCCAGUGGCACAGGAACAGCCCGUUUGAAGGGUUGUUCGUCGCGCAGAAAGAUGCGAGAGCGGGUGCGCGUGUGAUGUCGUCGUCGUUUUUUUAA